GGCCCUAUCCCUGGGGCCUGGCACGUGGCAGGUACUCAAGACAUGGGGGUGGGAUCUGCUGGAAGUGAAAGAGGGAGGGUUGAAAUUCUGCCCACCUGCCCAUCCCCACCCCCAAGGAAGCCCUGGGGCCAUGCCGCGGAACCCAGUUUGAGAACUGAGGACUUGGGUUGGCCUGUUCACUUUAUGGAUGAGUCAAGGGUAUGCCACCCAGGCCCGGAGGUCACAGGUGAGGCCAGGGCGGUGACUCCCGUUUCCAGCUUCCUGCAUCGCCCUGCCUGGUCUGAUGGCAAACGCUGAGGGGAGCCCCACAGUUGGCUUUGGCACGGUGGCCUGGGACGGGACACCCUGGGUCACCUGAUGACAGGUGUGGGCUGGACCCAGCCGUGCUCCACCUGCAGGUGCACUUCCUUCUCUUCCCCAGUCCCGCCUUAUCCACAUCUCGGGAGACCAGCCCACGGCGGUCCCAAACCUCCCGGUCAACUGUGCGCUGCCCCCAGCUGCUCGGACCCAUGGAUGCACUCAGCCGGGCCAAGAUACAAUGCCCCUUGCGCCACUGCGUCCUCGGGCUGCUCCUGCAGUUCCUUUUGGCUCUGUGCUUCUUCUCCUACCUGCGCGUGUCCCCAGACAAGCUCCUCUGGCCCACUAAGUCCGGGGCCACCGCAGUCGAGUCUGUCAGCACAGCUCCCACGGGGUCGGCAGAGCCGGGGUCGUCCAAGGGGACCCACUACCAGGCCACUGCGGGGCCCCCGGCCCGCCCGCCCCUGCUUCUCCUGCUCUGGACCUGGCCCUUCCACGUCCCGGUGGCCCUGUCCCGCUGCUCGGAGCUGUGGCCCGGCACCCCCGACUGCCAGCUGACUCUCAACCGCAGCCUGUACCCGCAGGCGGACGCCGUCCUCGUGCAUCACCGGGAGGUCAGCUCCAGGCCCCGGCAGCAGCUCCCGCCCUCCCCACGGCCCCCCGGGCAGCGCUGGGUCUGGUUCAACAUGGAACCGCCCGACCACUCUCCCCACCUGAAGGAGCUGGACGGGUACUUCAACCUCACCAUGUCCUACCGCCGAGACUCCGACAUCUUCACGCCCUACGGCUGGCUCGAGCCCUGGAGCGGCCCGCCCGCCGAGGCGGCGGUCAACCUCUCGGCCAAGACCGAGCUGGCGGCCUGGGCAGUGUCCAACUGGAAGCCGACCUCGGUGAGGGUGCGGUAUUACGAGACCCUGCGGGAGCAUCUCAAAGUGCACGUGUACGGGCGCUCCCACGAGCCGCUGCCCCGCGGCGACAAGAUGCUGGAGCACCUGGCCCGGUACAAGUUCUACCUGGCCUUCGAGAACUCCGUGCACCCCGACUACAUCACGGAGAAGCUGUGGAGGAACGCCCUGAUGUCCGGGGCCGUGCCCGUGGUGCUGGGCCCCAGCCGGAGCAACUAUGAGCAGUUCCUGCCCCCCGACGCCUUCAUCCACAUCGACGACUUCCAGAGCCCCAGGGAGCUGGCCCAGUACCUGCUGGCGCUGGACCGCGACGACGGCCGCUACCUGAGCUACUUCCGCUGGCGGGAGACGCUGCGGCCGCGCUCCUCCAGCUGGGCGCUCAUGUUCUGCAAGGCCUGCUGGCGGCUGCAGCAGGAGGCCACCUACAAAACGGCGCCCAGCCUCGCCGCCUGGUUCACCUGAGCCCGCCCGCCUGCGGCCCGGGCUGCGGGGGCCACACCUGCCAGGGGCCUCACCUGCUGGGGGUUGGGGAACCCCACCUGCCACGGACCUCACCCCCCAGGGACCUCACCUGCUGGGGGUUGGGGGGGGCCUCACCUGCUAGGGACCACACCUGUCGGGGAUCUCACCUGCUGGGGACCUCACCUGCAGGGGGCCACACCUG